CGUGACGUCACCAAAACAAACGACGACAUACAGUGGGUUGCAGUCCUCCCGCUUGAUCCCUCCCGGCCACUGGACUGGCUCGUGACCGACACUGACCAAUCACAGCUAAGAGUGCACACGGGCGACAACAAACAUCAAAUGCAUUAGACCGAAGCCGAAAUUCAAAUAUCGUGUUUUUCGACCUCCAUUUAAUUCAGUGUUGGACUCAGUCACGCGGAACCGACAACGACGACGAGCUGUGAGCGCGAGCAGCGCUGCGCACGGCUCAUCCUCCGAUGGCAGCGCUAACAUGCUAAGAUGCUAGCACCAUGUUCAAAAAUGUGUUCGGCUCAGGGUUCCUGGUUCGAACCGCUCAUGUGAUUCUGACAUGGGUCAUCACGUUAAUACUCUUCCUCCAUGACACAGUGCUGAGGAAGCAGGAGGAGACUGGCCAGCUGGUCCAGCCCGUGCUCUUCGUCCUGCUGGUCCUGGUGUCGGUGUUGCUCUAUUUCGCUGUUUCUCUGAUGGACCCGGGCUUCAUCCUGUCUGAUGACCGUGAUUUACAUUUCACGCUGGGAGUGACGGAGGAGCAGCAGGACAUGAUCCCCCCCACCACCAAACCCCUGCGACAGCGCCGCUGUGGCCACUGUCUGCUGCAGCAGCCAAUGAGAUCCAAGCACUGCCAGACGUGUCAGCACUGUGUCCGGCGGUACGACCACCACUGCCCCUGGAUCGAGAACUGUGUUGGUGAGAGGAACCACCGCUGGUUUGUGUUCUACCUGGCCGUCCAGCUGCUGGUGCUGCUGUGGGGGCUGCACAUCGCCUGGACGGGUUUCAGCUACGCACCCAGCUGGCAGCUGUGGCUGCGUACCAACGGCGUGCUGCUGACCGUGGUGGUGCUGGUGGUUCUGCUGUCACUGAUUGUGCUGCUCCUGCUCGGCUCCCACCUCUACCUGGUGUCUCUCAACACCACCACCUGGGAGUUCAUGUCGCGCCACCGGAUCUCCUACCUGAAACACUGCGGCGCUGAUGAAAACCCCUUCGACCGCGGCACCUUCAACAACCUUUGGGGUUUCUUCUGCGUGUGGGGCACAGUGGUGUGGGAACAGGUGUACUUCAGGGAGGGCAGCGACCAGGUCUAGGAUUACAGGACUUUGAGACACAUAAGCAACCGCUCGGGAUUUUGGGAUCAGUGGGAAGAUGAAUUAUGCUUGUGUGCCAUUGUUUACCUUUGUGAAGACACUUGUGUUGUCGUCCCACAUUUAGCUUCUUGAACAUCUCUCCACUGCAGUGUGCUUCCUGUUUCUCACCCACGUGGCUGUCAACAGACGGACAGCCGGUUACCAGCACUCCAGACAUUCUUCAAACAGUUGUUUACAGCCAUUCAGUAGCAUUUCAAGCCCGUUACUGUCUGAUGUCAAAGCUAUGAGUAAAGCAAGUUGUAAAGCCCUGUCGGGCAUGCCACCUGACCCUUGCGCCGACGUACUCCAAUUCAGUUUAUUUUGUAUAGCCAGAAUCACAAACUCCCCUCAGAGGGCUUUACAAUCUGUACACAUACGACAUCCCUGACCUUUGACCUCACAUCUGAGAAAAAGUGAAGAAACCUUCAGGAGAGAGAAGAGGAGAUAGGUGCUCAGUGUAUCCUAAAACAUCCCCCAGCAGCCUAUAAGCCUAUAGCAGCAUAUCAAGGGGCUGGACCAGGGCAAACCUGAUUCAGCCCUAACUAUAAGCACUAUUAAAGAGGAAAGUCUUAAGUCUAUUCUUGAAUGAGGUGACUGUGUCUGCCUCCCGGACUGAAAGUGGAAGCUGGUUCCAUAAAAGAGGAGCUUGAUAACUGAAGGCUCUGGCUCCCAUCCUACUUUUUAGGACUCUAGGAACCACAAGUAGCCCCGCAUUUAGUGAGCGCAGCUCUCUAGUGGGGCAAUAUGGUACUACAAGCUCCUUAAGAUAUGAUGGUGCAUCACCAAUCAAGGCUUUGUAGGUGAGGAGAAGAAUUUUAAAUGUGAUUCUUGAUUUUACAGGGAGCCAGUGCAGAGCAGCUAAUACAGGAGUCAUGUGAUCUCUUUUCUUAGUUUUUGUAAGUACACGAGCUGCAGCAUUCUGGAUCAACUGGAGGGAUUUAAGAGACUUAUUAGAGCAGCCUGAUAAUAAGGAGUUGCAGUAAUCUAGUCUGGAAGUAACAAACGCGUGAACCAGCUUUUCUGCAUCUUUUUGAGACAAGAUGUGCCUGAUUUUUGAAAUGUUACGUAGCUGAUAAAAUGCAGUCCUUGAGAUUUGCUUAACGUGGGAGUUAAAGGACAAGUCUCGGUCAAAGAUAACGCCCACUAAAUCAUGUGAACAUUGUACACCCGACUGUUAAAUCAUUUAGAAGUUUACUCUUAAUACAUAAAUCAAUAAUUGCAUAAACAUUCGAUUUAAUAAUAUUUAUAUAUUUUUACAUAUUUUACUUGUUUUAGGUGCAUGUGUAGACAAUCCAGAUGUGUGGUUGCUAUGGUUUCUCUGUUCACUGACUGCAGUCAGAUCCUGAUUGACAGGUUAAAUAAUUAGAUUGCUGUAAUUGCCGAGUCGUAUUUCUUCUGCUGGGCGUGCUUCAGCAGCUGAAGUGAGAACAAGUUAUCAUUUGUUUAACCCUUAGCUCAUUUGAAAUGUGAAGGUAGAAUUUAAUCCAACCUUGAUGUGCAGGAGGCUCUGAUUUUGCCAUUUUAUAUUGUAUAUCAUUUUGUAACUUUUGAAGCAGAAAAUGUCUAGAUUUUUGUAUGACUAUUUUAAUGUAGUAAGUGAAGAACAAUACAGCGUUGGUCAUUUUUGUGCAACAGCAAUACACGUGUUGGGUUCAAUGGACAGCAGGAGGAUUGGACACAUGCAGACUGCCUUCAGUUGGACUCCUUGUCAAAGAUUUUAUGAAUGAACAUUUAAUUCAUGUUGUGUACUACAUGUACCUAUUAUAUGCAAUGUUUUUACGACUUUAAAAUAAAUGUUCAUGAGUUUCUUGGUCAUUUAAA